AUGCUCCGCCAAUCAAUCAAAGCCGUCAAUAACAAGAGUCUGAAGCCAGCCCAGCGCAAGUACCUUGAGAAGGUGAUUCGCGUUGACCAGGCUGGCGAGCUGGGUGCAGACUACAUUUACAUGGGCCAGCAUUUCGUGUUCAAGCAGACCUUGCCUAAGUUAGCCCCAUUGAUUCGUCACAUGUGGGAUCAGGAGAUCCAUCACCAUAACACAUUCGACACUAUUCAAACCGAGGGCCGCAUCAGGCCUUCAGUCUUCACGCCGGUAUGGAAAAUUGCCGCGCUGGGGCUUGGAAUGGGCACUGCACUGCUCGGAAAAGAGGCGGCCAUGGCCUGCACCGAGGCGGUGGAGACCGUUAUUGGUGGCCACUACAAUGACCAGCUUCGCCGUCUGAGCAAAGAGUUCCCGGAGACCGAGGAGUUUGUACAACUUCGCAAGCUGAUCUCCGAAUUCCGCGAUGACGAGCUCGAGCACUUGGAAACCGCCAUUGAGAACGACGCCAAAAAGGCCGUGCCUUAUAUGCUUUUAACCGAGGCCAUCAAGAAUGGCUGCCGCGGCGCCAUUUUCCUAGCCGAGCGCUUUUAA